AUGGCUUACCUGCUUCCUCUUUCCAUUCUCACCCUCCUCGCAUAUGGCUGGGUACUACAGUACCACCUGCACCCUUCCGUUCCUCUAGUCCUGCAGUUCUUUACAGGCGGCGCCAUGACCGUCGUGUUCAACGCGUGCGGGACGCUCCUCGUCGACCUGCACCCGACGCGUCCGUUGACGGCCCAGGCAGCCUUGAACCUGCUACGCUGUGCCUUAGCCGCGGCAGGACUUGCUGCAUUGCAACCGCUCAUCGACGCCAUCGGUCCUGGGUGGUGCUAUACCGUGAUCGCAUUGGUCACUGGAGGUGUUGCCAGUACAUGUGUUGUCAUUGGCAGGAUAUGGGGCGACAUUUGGAGAAUACGAAGACAUGAUAAGCAGCGCAGCAUCACGGAAGCAGGUUGA